UGUCGCACGAUGUUAAAAGAUCAUAGCUUGAUAACGCAACAGCCUUUCCACCAACUUGCGCAAAAGAAACCGUUUCUACCCUCUGCAGUGUGGCGUAAUGCAGUAAGAGGCAUGUUUAUUCAAACUCAGGACACACCAAAUCCCAAUAGUUUGAAGUUUAUUCCAGGGAAGGAAGUGCUGGAGUCGAGGACUAUGGAGUUUGCCACACCAGCUGCAGCAUUUUGCUCACCUUUAGCAAGGCAGUUAUUCAAAAUUGAAGGAGUUAAAAGUGUUUUCUUUGGACCGGACUUCAUCACAAUCACCAAGGAGAGUGAAGACCUGGACUGGAACUUGCUGAAACCAGAUAUUUACGCAACUAUAAUGGAUUUCUUUGCCUCUGGCUUACCUGUAGUUACUGAUGAGGCACCUCGGACAGACACAGCUGCAUCAGAAGAAGAUGAUGAAGUGGUUCUGAUGAUUAAAGAGCUGCUGGAUACAAGGAUAAG